AUGGCUCAGCUUUCCAGACUGGCCCAGCUGUACCUCAAGAUUUCUGACAACCUUACAGAGGAAGAUGUCAGAAAUCUGAGGUCCUUACUUUCCCUUGACGAAGUUCUUGGCAAGGCAAAAGUUGAAAAAGCAACACCUCUUGAAAUCUUUAACAUGUUGGUAGACAAUGACAUAAUUGGCAAGGGGAAUCUGGGAUUCCUUGUGCAGAUUCUAAGAUGUCUCGGAAAGGGAACGUUGGCAAAUGAAGCUGAACGUCUUGAACAAGAACACAAAAUGGAAGCUAGAAAUAUUCAGGAUACUACAGCAAUGACCCCAGAAGGCAGUGCACCAGAAGGUGUACCAAUAACAACCGAGCAAGGAGAGAUUACAGCAACAGCUUCGUCACCAGAAGUCAGUGUGACGGAAGACAGUGAACCAGACGACACGAACAUGAAAGAGGCCAUCUCUUCCAGAAACCCCCUUGAUGCUUUAACCACAGCAGAUGGAGCGCCUAACGACACAGACGUAGAACAAGUGACGUCAGUGUUAGCCUAUUUGCACAUCAAGGAGAUGGUGAGACUGGAGGACGAACCCAUGAAAGCUCCGGGAGUACAGCCCAGUGAACUGGACUCAUCUACAGAUGAUCAGGAUGUCAAGAAGAGACUGGAGACCCUUCUUGCAGAGCUGGACACGCCAGCGGUGAUGGCAGACCAGGAAAAACAGUGUGACCUGUACUGUCAGAUAGCUCUAGCAACAGAGUUAAGGAGCAAAUAUUGGGAAAUGCUGGCUUACAACAGACUGGGGCUGGCGUGUGAGUUGAUGCAAGAUAACGUGCUAGCGCUAGAGUGGUCCCAGAAGGCUCUGAGGAUAAGCCAAGAAAGUACAGACGAGAGCGAGCAGAUAUCAGCACACAUGAAUGUCGGUGUUCUUCAAGGUAAAGUGAACCAGGCAGCACCCAACCUUGACACAGCUUUGCAGUUGGCAGAGCAAAAAGGGGAACAAUAUCAACAGAUGGAGGUUUACAUGCACAUGGGUGACAUGCAGAGAGAAAAAUUUAAUUGCCCUCGUAAAUCCUUACAGUAUUAUAAACAGUUUCUCGCAAUAGCCAGGCAGUUGGGGGAUAGGCGUGAGGAGGGAUGGGCUUACAACAGGUUAGGGCAGGUCCAUUAUGAGAUGAGAGAGUAUGAAGCAGCUGUAGAGUCGUAUGAAAAACAUCUGAAGAUAAGUCAAGAAAGAGACGACAAGAAAGAAGAGGCAACAGCGCACGCGGCUGUGGGUAAUGUUUUCAGAUUCCUGGGGAAAAUUGAACAGGCAAAAUCCCAUUUCAACACAGCCUUACAGAUGGCACAGCAGACAGGGGAUCUACAUGGACAGAUGGAUGUUUACUGUAAGAUGGGAGACUUACAGAGGGAACAGCUUCACUACCCACGUACAGCCAUCCAGUAUUAUGAACAGUAUCUAGCACUAGCCAGGCAGUUGGGGACCUCCAAUGAAGAGGCUGUGGCUUACGAGAGACUGGGACUGGCCCAUUACGAGAUGGGGGAGUACGAGAAAGCCCUUGAGUGGAAUCAGAAGCACCUACGUAAGAGCCAAGAUAAUGGAGACAAUAAACAACAGAUAACAGCACACACAAACCUUGGUGUGGCCUACAGACUUCUGGGUAGCCAGGACAAGGCAACAACUCACAUCAGUACGGCCUUACAGAUAGCACAGCAGACAGGGGAUCAACAUGGGCAGAUGGAGGUUUACUGUAAGAUGGGAGAUUUACAGAGGGAACAACUCAACUCCCCAAGUACAGCCAUACAGUAUUAUAAACAGUACCUAGCGCUGACCAGGCAGUUAUUGAACUCUGUGGAAGAGGCUUUGGCUUACGAGAGACUUGGACUGGCCCAUUACGAGAUGGGGGAGUACGAGAAAGCCCUUGAGUGGCAUCAGAAGCACCUAGAUAAGAGCCAAGAUAAUGGAGACAAUAAACAACAGAUAAGGGCACACACAAACCUUGGUAGCACCUGCAGACUUCUGGGUAGUCAGGACAAGGCAACAUCUCACAUCAGCACAGCCUUACAGUUAGCACAGCAGACAGGGGAUCAACAUGGGCAGAUGGAGGUUUACUGUAAGAUGGGAGAUUUACAGAGGGAACAACUCAACUCCCCAAGUACAGCCAUACAGUAUUAUAAACAGUACCUAGCGCUGACCAGGCAGUUAUUGAACUCUGUGGAAGAGGCUUUGGCUUACGAGAGACUUGGACUGGCCCAUUACGAGAUGGGGGAGUACGAGAAAGCUUUGGAGUGGCAUCAUAAAUACCUAGAUAAGAGCCAAGAUAUUGGGGACAAUAAACAACAGAUAAGAGCACACACAAACCUUGGAAGGGCCUACAGAUUUCUGGGUAGUCCGGAGAAGGCAACAUCUCACAUCAGCACAGCCUUACAGUUAGCAGAACAGACAGGGGAUCUACGUGGACAGAUGGAAGUUAACCUUGGCAUAGGUGACAUGCAGAAGGACCAACUCCACUCCCCACGUACAGCCAUCCAGUAUUAUGAACAGUACCUCGCACUAGCCAGGCAGUUGGGGGACAGGCAUGAGGAGGGAGUGGCUUACAACAGACUGGGACGGGCACAUUUCGCUAUGGAGGAGUAUGAGACAGCUCUGGAGUGGGACAAGAAGGACCUGAAGAUACGUCAGGAAAUCGGAGACAAGAACAACCAAGUGAUACCACAUACAGUCAUAGCUGGUUCCUACAAGGCGCUGGGUAAACUAGAUCUGGCUAAAUCUCACUAUCAAUCCGCCAUGACCAUCGCCAUGGAGACAGGAGACAAACAGGAACAGAUGGGCAUUUACCUUGAGCUGGGUGAUUUACACAGGGAACAACUACAUGAACCACAGGUCUCACACAAGUACUACACAGAGAUGUUAGAACUAGCCAGGGACUUGGAGAGGAAGGACGAUGAGAGGCUGGCUUACAACAGGCUGGGAGUGGCUUGUGGGGCCAUGCAGGAUCACGAGGCAGCUCUGGAAUGGAAACAGACGUACUUGAAGAUAAGUCAGGAAACCGAAGCCAGGAAAGACGAGAUGAUAGCACAUAAUAUCAUAGGUAAUUCCACCAAGGCACUGGGUAAACUGGACCAGGCUAAAUGUCACUAUCAAUCAGCCAUGUUCAUCGCAAAGGAGGCAGGAGACAAACAGGAACAGAUGGGCAUUUCCCUCAGCCUGGGUGAUUUACACAGGGUACAGCUACAUGAACCACAGGUCUCACACAAGUACUACACAGAGAUGCUGCAACUAGCCAGGGACUUGGAGAGGAAGGACCGGGAGAGGCUGGCUUACAACAGACUGGGAGUGGCUUGUGAGGACAUGCAGGAUCACGAGGCAGCUCUGGGCUGGCACCAAAAGUGCCUGGAGAUGAGCCAAGAAGAUGGAGACAAGUCUACACAGAUAACAGCUCACCAAUGUGUAGCUCGUUCCUACAAGGCGCUGGGUAAACUGGACCUGGCCAGAUCUCACUAUCAGUCAGCCAUGGACAUCGCCGAGGAGACAGGAGACAAACAGGAACAGGAGGACAUUAACCUUGAGCUGGGUGAUUUCCACAGGGUACAGCUACAUGAACCACAGGUAUCACACAAGUACUACACAGAGAUGCUGGAACUAUCCAGGGACUUGGAGAGGAAGGACAAGGAGAGACAGGCUUACAACAGACUGGGGCUGGCUUGUGCGGACAUGCAGGAUCACGAGGCAGCUCUGGGGUGGUAUCAGAAGGAUCUGAAGAUGAGUCAGGAAACCGGAGACAGGAAAGAAGAGAUGAUAGCACAUCAGAACACAGGUGGUGCCUACAAGGCAUUGGGUAAACCUGACCUGGCCAAAUCUCACUAUCAAUCAGCACUGACCAUCGCCAUGGAGACAGGAAACAUACAGGAACAGGAGGACAUUAACCGCGAGCUGGAUAAUCUAGGCUCUGCCAGAUCUCACCAUCAGGCCGCCAGGGCCAUCGCCAUGGAGACAGAAAACAAACAGGAACAGGGGGACAUUGCUAAGAGGGUGGCAAGACGUGAAAGCUGUAAUAUUAGUUAG